ACGAUAAGCCCGUGGAGAGGUCGAUCACCUCACCCUCUGGAAUUCCACCGCGUUUCCAAAAAGCGCCCGCUAAUUAACACUGACCUGCGAGAGGAGCCGAAAAAAAGAAGAGGAAGUGCAGCGCUUAAAUAGAUGCAGGAAUCCGGGAGUGCAGGCGCCGAGGAACGAGAAAACGAGACUGCGGAGAAUCGGCAGCGAAGCAGUCCUCUGGAGCUGAUUUGUGAGUCGCGCCGUGCCCUGUGUACGAAAAACUUUUCCGCGGCCGUGACGAGACUGCACCGAUGAAAUAUCGCUCAAGGGGCGAAAUAAAGAGUCGCAGAUAAGCGCGGCGAAGUUUUGCGCAGCCGAGCAUCAACGACUUCUGCUGAGUUAUUGAAAAUAGUUCUCGACUGGCGCGGGCUGAACUCAGCUCCUUCCCCCGUCCUCGCGUUCGCGAGAGUCUUGUAAAUAAGGUGAAAGUACGAUAAGCUUGAAUUACCGUACGGGACCAAGUUCUUGCGGAGUCAUACAGUCACAGAUGCUGCUCUGAAUAUCCAAGCGAGUCGCUUAAUUGAUCACCGAGAGUCCAAAACAUUUUGAAAGAAGCAGCUGAGCACCGGGACGCGAGUGACCGUACGCGAAGUAGUCCAUAAUGAGGAUCAUCGGGCCGAUGAAACCCUGCGUCGAGUUCCGUUAGUCGCAGUUCCCUUUCACCAGCGCGGAUAAGAGGAAUCAUGCUGUGCGGCACGCUCGCGAGUCGCGGCUCCUCGAAGCUUCGUCACGGGGACGAGUACAGGCCGCUGGCCCGGAGCAACACCACCACCAUGAUGCCGACUGCCGCGCUUCUCGAGAGAUGCAAGGCCCGCAAGACGUCUGCUAAGGGCAUCCUCAAGACGAGUCUCAACAAUGUAAGCUCGGCAACCCUGAGGCCGUACAACCCAGACAUCAACACACCCAGGAUCGAUAGCUAUAGAAUUUCCAUGGCUAACCUCGAGGAUUCGCAAGAUGUCGAUCUGGACGCGAUCCUUGGCGAGCUCUGCGCAUUGGAGCAGAGAUGCGAGAACGACAUCGCGAGUGCACCCACUUCCGAUAAUCAAAGGCUGAACAGACCGACGAACGGCAGGAUCAACCCGGGAGAGAACACAGACAUCGGCAAAAACGAAGCAGGAAUGCGCACCGACAGUCCAGACAAUGAUAGUGCCUUUUCCGACACGGUGUCGAUGCUGUCGAGCGAAAGUUCGGCGAGCAGCAGCGGCUCAGGCCACAAACCGCCCCAGACCGCCAUUCACACAGCCCCGCAGCAACAGCCCCACCAACUCAUGGAUGCUGCCAGCCGCGCGAAAGCGGAGAAGAUACGUCUCGCGUUGGAGAAGAUGCGCGAGGCCAGCGUUCAGAAGCUCUUCAUUAAGGUCUUCACCCUCGACGGAAGCGGCAAGAGUCUCCUCGUCGACGAGAACAUGAGCGUAGCCCACGUCUGCAGAUUGCUCGCCGAUAAGAAUCACGUGCCGAUGGACCCGAAGUAUGCCGUCGUCGAGCACCUACCCGACCUGUUUAUGGAGAGAGUCUACGAGGAUCACGAGCUGCUCGUGGAGAACCUACUGCUCUGGACUCGGGACUCGAAAAACAAAUUGCUCUUCGUGGAGAGGCCGGAUAAGACGCAGCUGUUCCUCACGCCCGAGAGGUUCCUCCUGGGCCCUUCCGACCGCGGCAGCGGCGAAUACGACGAUCACUCGCGCAACAUCCUCCUCGAGGAGUUCUUCUCGAGCAGCAACGCUGGGGUACCGGAGGUUGAAGGGCCGCUGUACCUGAAAUCCGACAGUAAGAAAGGCUGGAAGCGGUACCACUUCAUCCUGCGAGCCUCGGGCCUGUACUACUGGCCGAAGGAGAAGGCUCGCACAGCUCGCGACCUCGUCUGCCUGGCCACGUUCGACGUGAACCAGGUCUACUACGGCGUCGGCUGGAGGAAGAAGUACAAGGCGCCGACGGACUUCUGCUUCGCCGUCAAGCACCCGAGGCUGCAGCAGGCCAAGUCCACCAAGUACAUCAAAUUCCUCUGCGCCGAGGACAACGCCGCCCUCGAGCGCUGGAUGGUCGGCAUCCGCGUGGCCAAGUACGGCCCCAAGAUCAUGGAGAACUACAGAACGCUCGUGGACGAGCUCGCCCAGGAGGAUCUUGACCUGCUGGCGCACGCGAGGUCCUGCUCGGUCAGCUCCAUAGCCACGACGCCGGCCAACCAGGCGCAGUACAACACGGCCAACGACAACGCCAGGCAGUUCAACGAGUGCUCGAGGCACAACGGCGACCUGCAGACGAUCACAGCGAGCGUGCCGACGACCAACAGCAGGCACUACGAGUCGCUCGUGCAGCGGCAGAGCUACAGCAGCCAGGAGCAGCGGCAGAGCUACAACAGCGACGGCAGGCUCAGCCGGGCGAGCAGCUCCAGCUCCAGCGGCUGCCUGUCGGACGGCGCGCCUAGCAGUUGCGAGGUGGCCUUCGAGUGCGGAGAAUUCCCUACCGGCACGAUAAAGAGGAAGCCCUCCAUGAACCCGAAGCUGCCGUUGACUUCCAUCACGCGGCAACUGAAGGAGGUCGGCGAGACGGUGCGCGACGAGCCGGACUGCCCGUCGCCCACGAGCUCGGGCUCCGGCACUCUGACGCGACGCCACAGCCGCAGGAGAAGCGGUACGGAUUCAGACGGGUCUGGCACCCUCAAGAGACACCAUAGAUCUGGAAAUGCCACACCGGUUAGCCCAGCCCCCCCUGGAACCCCAGUCAAAGAGCGAGCCAGUCCAAUGAACUAUAGUCGUAACGAGAACCAAGAACUGAAAUCGCCGACCAGUCCGAUACAGCCUUGCAUGAUGGACUCGAUAACCUCCUUGCCGCCACCGCCGCCGUCGCCGUCGCGCCUCAGUGAAGAGGUCGAAUCGGACGGAGAGCCUCUGCCACCACCUCCGCCGGAGAUGUUCCGCUCGAACCUGUCCCUCGACUCCCUUCCGCCGCCCCCAGCGCCGGGCGAGCUGCUGCUCUGCAACACGCCGGAUCUGAGCGGCUCGUCUCUGAGCCUGGCGUCUCUGCCGCCGCCGCCGAGUCCCCUGGUCGGGGAGACCAGCACCAUUCGCCGUGCCAAGCCCAAACUCUCCUCCUCUAGCACCCCCACGAACUCGCUCUCGCCCGACAGCACUCCCACGCACCACAGCAACCAGCGACUCGCGGCCAACAACCUCCAGCUCUACUCGGCGAGUCUCAACAACGGCCUCAACGGCUCGCAGAACUCCUCGCCACUCAACUCGUACCCGGGCUCGAACGCCAGCACGCCGACCUACGCCCCGAGCUCGCCCAACUUCCACGUCGCCAGCCAGCCGCCGCCCUUCGUCCCGCCGCCGGCGUACGGAUCGCAGGUCGCGAGCCUGCCCGCGCCGCCCCAGCUCGUGCGACAGAACUCCAAGCUGCAGGCCGAGCCCAUCUACGGCUCGCAGCAGCCCCAGCAGCCGCAGACCAACGGCUCGCCCGCCGUCAAGCCCAACCCCGGCAUGGACACGGUCCGCAGGAGCGCCCUCAAACAGACCGCGAGCCACUACGCGACGCCGCCGUACCUGGCCGAGCUCAAGGUCAGCUCGAGUCCGCAGCCCCAGCGGCGCGUCACCAUCCAGGAGCCGCCCAUGUCGCCCAAGCCCUCCAAGACCGGCACGGCCAAGAAGAUCUCGUUCCAGCUGCCCCCGCAGCAGGAGCCCGGCAGCCCCGCCCUGCCGCAGAGGAAGCCCAUGCCGCCCCGGAGGUCCGACAGCACGAGGCUCACCUCGCCGAAGAAGCUCGCCGCAUCGGACCAGGCGCCACCCGGCGACUUCCUCAAGGACCUGCAGCGCGUCAUGCGCAAGAAGUGGCAGGUGGCGCAGAAGUGCAAGCUCGACACGACGACGACGCCGCACGAGGUCCUCGGCUUCCGGGACCCACCGCCUGCCAUCGCCGACUACCGCGAGACCAACGUCUCGAACUGGGUGCAGGAGCACUACGGCGCGGACAACCUCUACGAGAACGUCUACACGACGGACCCGAACGCCCCGGUCGAGUACGUGAGCAGCGCCGGCGGCAGCCCCGCUCGGCAGCCCAGCGUCCGCUUCGCCGAGGAGAGCAGGAACGUCAUCGCCACGGCGAUCGCCGGCAAGAGGAGACCGCCGCCGCCGCCGCCCAAGAGGGCCGAAACGACGCAGCUGACCACGAGGGCGAUGCACUGACCGCAGCAGGCUUUGCAGGACGAGCCCGAGGGCAAAUGGUACAGCCGCUGCCUCUGCCUGGUUUGCUGGGAGGACUGAGCGCGCUCGGCGAGCUCGCUCAUUGCUUCUCCGUACUUGCGCUGUGUUGUUCGACUUAUUGUUAGCGAACGAUUUUCUAUUUUAUACCUUUAGCCCAUUUCGAGUCGAAGCGUCGAGGACGACGUGUUAUGGGGACGAAAGCGCGCCUGCACAAACGAACGAAGCACAAGCCUACGCUGUAUAUCAAGGUAUCAUAUAAACGACGCUUCCGUGCUCUUUUCCUCGACUCGUCGAAUAUUUCAGGCGAUGGGUCAUGACUUUUUUUACCGCAUCAAAUCCAGAAGCAUCGAACGAUCACGUUGUGACGUAUUUUGCAGCGUUUUUCAAGCAGACGUUUAUACGGUUUUUCUAUGUCACUUUUUGCCGUUUCUAAUAUUAUAAAAAGUUUCCGCAGAGAACUUCGGCGGGAGCGCGGUUUUAACGAAGAUUGCGGUAUACCGGAGUAAUCUCGACGCAGUGCUACUUUUACACGUUUAUACGAAAAACAAAAAGAAAAAAACUGAGCAAGAUGUGCAUCAAUCUUUAUCGAUAAAAGUUGUGCAAACGUGAAAGGAUUAUUCGAAAUGUAUACUUUUUGUAUUUAAGGUGCUUUAUACGCGAUAUACACGAUAUGCAUUCAUACAUGCGGCGACUUUUUUUUAGACGUAUGAGAUUGUAUAUUUACGAACAGCAGACGCGCGAGAAAGCAGCAUCGGUUCGAGCGUAUACGUAUUUACGCUUUGGUUUAUCUCGUUACAAACAUUCAGUAUGCGCGAAUGUUGUACAUGUGACGUCUAUAAAGUUGGCAGAAAACUCAUAUUAAUAAUAAAAAAAGCUUGUUUGUGUAAAAGCUUUCUUUAUUUUUUAAAGAAAAUGUAAUGUAUCCGCUCAUUCGUUAUACUUCGACAUGUGCAAUGAGAGAUGUUGAAAAUAAAGAUACACAAUCUUCAGCAUUUUAUAAUAUUAUUAUACCGAAAUGCUUAUAAAGUGUUGUGUACUUUGAUGUGUGAUUUUUAGAGUUCUUAUAUUAUAUGGUAUUACCGACAGCAAGAGUUCUUGUGAACUGUGCCUGGGAGUACCGUCAAUAACUACGAUCUCGUUCACGCCAUUUCCCUAAUUUUUGUUUCCAUUGUAACAUUAACGAUGAUUUACGAAAAUAUGCAAUAAUCGAUUGAAUGGGAAUAAAUGAAUAAAUUCUCGCGAGGAAAGAUUUAUUUAGUAAGAAGCUUUUUUGUAAAAAAAUGAAAACUUUUUAAUGGCUGAUGUACUUUGCCUCCGCAUACAUUUUUAAAAGCGACAAGUCUUGCUACCAAUGUGAAGACGAUAUAAAUAAUUGCCAUCGAUAUAAAAUGGAGAAAAAAAAUAGGAACGAAUAAUAAGAUAGCUAAUCGAAAUUAAUUUUAUGCGGGACUACAUUCGUUAAAAACGAAUCUGCUGUUUCACGCGAAUUGCGAUUGCGAAAUGGGCCUUGCUCUUAAUUUAAAAGACGAAUCGAACAAUAUUGGAUUAUAAUGAUGAGCUUGCAAAGUAUCAACUUUUUUGUUCAUAGAGCAAAAAACUGUAACAUAGGAAGAAAAUAUUAAAAUUGUUGCCAUUGCUUUCUCUGAGUAAACGCAAGAGAGGAUUUUCCAUGAGGAUUUUAAAUCUUAGCGUAAUAAAAAAUAUAUCGAAAUUAUUAGUAAAAUUAGAGGAACGAAUUUAAUGUAAUUAGUACAAUUGGCAAAUUCGAAGCGUAGUUUAAUAAUGCAUCAAUGUAAAUGCAAAAAAAUUUCGUUGCGACUCGAUGCGAAAUAAAUACAUAUUUUUCUUAUUACCCUAUAGCCCUUAAAUUUACUUAUUUAAGUUGUACGUUUUUGUAAAUAUUGUAAUGAAUCGUACUAGAUUAUAAGCGCAUCACGAUUUAUUGAUAUAACAAAUUACUAUUUAUGAAAAAGACGAGAGCUUCUGAGAAUGUUUGAGAUUUUUUUGUAUCGAAAAUCGAUGCCAGAAUAUAAGCGUUUGAACUCUUUUUUUUAUCAGUGCAUCAUAAGUUUCAUUUUAUUUUAUUUGUUAAAAAUAUUAUUUUGCAACUGAUACGCAUGUUUUUAUUUCAAUAUAUUUUGCAACGCAACGCACGUGACAUGGAACCUUUCGCCUGAAAAUAUAACGCAAGACGUAUACAGAAUCAGUGCAGCAGUUAUAAUAUUGUAACAAAUACGUAUUUGUAUUAAUGUUUCUAUGUAAAUAAAUUUUUCGUAUAUUUCAA